GAACAAGCAACCAAAGAUGCCGUUAAUAUGUCGUACAGAACGAUAGUUAAGCCCAAGCUCGGUUCACUUGGACUCGAAACGAAGCUUCCUCGAACCCACCGUUUUGUUUCUAGAAGCCCACGUGGCAAAAUUCGGACAUCGAAAUCGGACGGCCAGGACUGCACGUUUGGUCGACUGUUGACCCCAACCCCGUUCACCUAUAUAUGUCCACCCACCAACGAUGUCGGCCAUCCCUUCCUCCUCGACAUCGCAUCCGUUUUUUCCAUGGCCACGAGCGACGACACUUCAGGCCCGGCCGAGUGGGUGCAGCUCGGCGGCUGGCCGCACCUGCUGCCGCCGCCGUCACCGUUGGCCGCGCCAUCCGGAUGCGUGUCGGACUCGAUCGUGGUGUCAACCACGUCGAGCGCCACGGUCGACGGUCCGGCCAAGGGUGCGGCGGCCCAACAACCCGGCGUCGAGGGCCGGGUGAGCAAGCCAGUCCGGAGGCGGUCGAGGGCUUCCCGGAGGACUCCGACGACCAUGCUCAACACCAACACCGCCAACUUCCGCAGCAUGGUCCAACAAUUCACCGGCAUCCCAUCGGGGCCGUACUCGUCCGCGUGUCGACCCGGCGGCGGUCCGGUCUCCAACUUCGGUUAUAAUUUCAAUGAGCCAAUUCAUCAGACGACCUCGAUGACUCUUGGGCAGCUCCGGCAGCAGCAACAACAACAACAACAACGACAGUACCUGCAGCUGCAGAACCACCAGUCGCAGCAGCAUCAGCAGCAGCAAAACUAUCAGUCUUCUAUGUAUACUGCAAGUGGCGGCAAUAAUACCAGCAAUGAUGUUUUUCCUCAAGGGUUCAACAACCUUAGCACUAACUUGGAGGUGGGUGAUGGCUUUUUCUUGAAUGGCAUGUACAGCCAGAUGAUGGCAAGGCCAACCUCCACUAACGCCAGGGGUGAUGGAUACUUCUCUUGAUACAAGGAAAGUGAUCAGGGAUAAGAUUAAUAAUUCUGAGAGGGAUGGCGGGGGGGUGGGAAGGGAGAGAGAGAGAGAGAUUGUAAAUAUUAUUUCUACCUAUCGUCAUACAUGAUGUUAUGAGCAGUCA